CGCAGUGGCGGAGCAGGAAUCGCUAUGGCAGCGGCUGCGGCGUCGGCUUCCCUCUGGCCGCGGGGCUCUCGUUAGGCCCAGCUGCCUCCCUGGCCCCGUGAAUGAGCCCCUAGGCUUCCCGCCGCCCCUGCCGGGGAAUGAGCGGCGGGCCGGCCUCCAGCCGCCACCGCCGCCGCUCGCGGAGACCAUGCCCCUGGCUGCCUACUGCUUCCUGCGGGCUGUGGGGAAGGGCAGCUACGGGGAGGUGACGCUUGUCCGGCACCGGCAGGACGGCAAGCAGUAUGUCAUCAAAAAACUAAACCUCCGACAUGCCUCCAGUCGAGAGCGGAAAGCUGCUGAACAAGAGGCCCAGCUUUUGUCUCAACUGAAGCACCCCAACAUUGUUACCUACCGAGAGUCUUGGGAAGGGGAAGAUGGCCUGCUCUAUAUAGUUAUGGGCUUCUGUGAAGGAGGAGAUCUCUAUCGAAAACUCAAAGAACAAAAGGGCAAGCUUCUACCUGAGAACCAGGUGGUGGAAUGGUUUGUUCAGAUCGCUAUGGCCUUGCAGUAUUUACAUGAAAAGCACAUCCUUCAUCGAGAUCUGAAAACUCAAAAUGUCUUCUUAACAAGAACAAAUAUCAUCAAAGUAGGCGAUCUGGGGAUUGCCCGAGUGUUAGAAAAUCAGUACGACAUGGCCAGUACACUCAUUGGGACACCAUACUACAUGAGUCCUGAAUUAUUUUCAAACAAACCCUACAACUAUAAGUCUGAUGUUUGGGCUUUAGGAUGCUGUGUUUAUGAAAUGGCUACACUGAAACAUGCUUUCAAUGCAAAAGACAUGAAUUCGCUAGUUUAUCGAAUUAUUGAAGGAAAGCUGCCACCAAUGCCAAAGGACUAUAGCCCACAACUGGCAGAACUGAUAAGAACUAUGUUGAGCAAGAAGCCUGAGGAAAGACCCUCUGUGAGAAGCAUCCUUAGGCAGCCCUACAUAAAACGUCAUAUUUCUUUAUUUUUGGAGGUCACAAAGGCGAGAACUUCCAAAAGUCAUAUUAAAAACGGCAAUUCUAAAAUCAGACCUGCUGCUGAAGUUAUUUCUGUAAAAAUUGAAUCAGAAAAUGAAAGAAUCAUCUCUCAGCAAUGUUUCUCAAAGCAUUCCAAGAUACCAACAGAGGUUGAAGAAAAAUGUCUACCCCAAGGUAAGCCCAUGGAUACUUGCCUCUCAGAAGUAGCCUGUCCUAAAAAUUGUCCCAACAAGAAUGAUGUGCACAGCCUCGGAGAAACUUUAGCAACAAUCAGCAAAGUGGAUAUUAAUAUCUUACCUGCCACUGAAAGGAGAAACUCAAAGAGUGACAAUUUACUGCAAGACGACAAACCGAAACACUCUAAUAUUAUUGAUGAGCCAGAAGCUAAAUUAAAUGUGUCUCCAGUGAAGGAAGAGAGGCAGCAACUGAGUACUAAGCCUGAAAACCUAGCUCCCUCUCAGACUUCUAUUGAGAUCACUGAUGAAGAGAAUGACACGAUGAAACUUCUGCAGCCUUUACACAAGGAUCUCAAGCCAAUGGAACAGGAUAGUUUGGACUCCACUGAAAAGCUCUUAGCACCAUUUGUUCCUGUUGUCCUGGAUAGAAUCAACCCAUACUUACAGCCCCAUAGUUCUGUGUCUGAGCCCUUCCACUCCCGGCAACAAAGGCAGAAAAGAAAGGAACGAGUUGAAAGAAGUAGAGGUAAUGGACAGUUUCAGGAAGUUCCUUCUAGACCUUUGCCUUCUCCUCCCAUUGCUAUUAAAGCAGUUGAGAAGAUGACAUACAGUGAUGCUGAUAAACAUAGCACAGAAGUAAUGGUGUCUGUGGAUAAUUCAAGAAGCAAUGAGAUAACAUCCUCAAAGGAUCGACCUUUGUCAGCUAGAGAAAGGAGGAGAUUAAAGAGGUCACAAGAAGAGAUAUUUCCCACUGUUUUUUCAGGUCCUUCAGUGAGAAGAGGUUCUCUGGAUACAGAAGGAAUGAAGUUGCACAUAGAAGAUGAGCACAUUAUUGCUCAUCAGUUAUCUUCAGAUGUGGAUACCUCUCAGGAAAAGAAGUUAGUUCAUUGUCUGUCUGAGGAUGAGUUAAGUUCUUCUACAAGUUCAACUGAUAAGUCAGAUGGAGAUUCCAAGGAAGGAAAAGGCCAUACAAAUGAAAUGAAUGAUUUGGUACAGCUGAUGACUCAGACAUUAAAAAUGGACUCUAAAGAGAAUUGUGAGAAUCUUCCAAAACUUCUUCCCAUGUCAGAGUUUAGACUUCAUCGAAAAUACAAAGAUACACUAAUUCUGCAUGGGAAAGUUGAAGAGGAUUCAGAGGAACUUGGGCUUAAAGAACUUUCUCCAGUUGUUGUUUCUGGUUCUGAAAAGAUCAGAAGAAUGAUAGAAGUCUUGAGAGCUGAUGUAAUUCAGGGGCUGGGAGUGAAGCUUUUAGAAAAAGUAUAUGAUCUUAUGGAAGAAGAUGAUGAAUUGAAGAGAGAGGUACGUUUACAGGAGCAUUUGGGUGAAAAAUACGUAAAUUAUGGCACAAAAGCUCAACUCCUAAAAUUUUUUGAAGAAAAUGUGAACUUCUAAAGAAGCAUUUGUUCUAAUCUGUUGCCAGAACUGAAGACUUAUUUUUAAAGACUUUUUUGGUGUUGUUUUCCCCCAAAAGAUUACUUCUACCAAACAUCAGAUUGGUGACUGUUAAAUAUAGUGGCUUUUUUUUUCCCCUGGGAUUUCUGUAUUUUGCAGGAGUUUAAAAAUGGAUAUGAAUGAGUGCUGUGUUGACUGAUUUAGGAAGAGGAUUUUUUAAAAAAUGAAUAAAUGGGUACCACAUUGUGGGAAAAUUACUUUGUUUUACAUGAGACUUGUUUGGUUAAGUAGCCUGAAGCCAUUGUAUAUCCAGAAAUUCUAAAAUAGUCAAAAGCUACCAGAGCAAUGCUAUCAAUACAAGAACAGAGAUUUUCUAGGUGGCUAUAGCAAUGUAACAAACUACCUAAACAAAUGGCUUUACUUACUUAAUAAGCCUGAUAAGUACAUGGUGGUGAUAAAUUCAUCUACACUGGUAGAUGAUAAAUUGGAAGUCAUUGCAUGAUCUUUAUAGAUUUGAAAAAUGGAGCUAUACAUAACUUUAUACACUUACAAAAAUUUUAAAAUUAAUUGCUUUUAGUUUGAACAACAUACUUGCAAAAUUGAACCUAUUUAAUUUGUGCUUUUGGCUUAUUUAUUCAGUAUAUAUUUAUAUACUGGCUUUAAUUCAUUUUUUCAUCAGCCAAAACAUGCCCUGAAUACUAAUUCCUUUUGGAAUGAAACAAUUUUUAAGUAAAAUACAGGUGCUUUUAGGCUGAAUUUGAGGCACUUUAUGUCUCUUGAAAUAGAGAAUUCAGCUUCUUUGCAUAGUCUCCCUUAUUUUAUAUCAUGACACUUAUUAUUCUUGUUUUAAAAGUCUACUGUGUAUAUUUUAGUAAUUGUUUUUUUAUGAAGUAAAAUUGUUAUGAAGCAAAUAAAAAGAAUUUUGUAAAAUAAAAUUUGUUAAGUAAAUUUCCAAUGUAAUGGAAAAUGUACAGGACUUGGAUCGGAAGACUUGGGUUCAAAUUCUGUUUCUAAAAUUUGUAGGCAUGUGGCCAUUAACCCCUAUCCAUUUCUUCAUUUACUGUAAAACAAAAUACUUAAAACUAUCUACCUCAAAGG